AUGGACGCAGAAACUCUUUCACCCCAGCAGCUCCAUGCAAUUAAAGGCCAGCUUGAAGAAGAACUCGAAAAACUCACAACAUCUUUUGCCCAGCUCAGACAUGCAAGAACAAAAUACAUGGCAUCCAGAACUGCCCUUGAAGAUUUAGAAGCAAGAGACGUACUUGUGCCUUUAACCGCAAGCGUCUAUGUCCCUGGCAGGCUGAUUGAGCCUAAUAAAGUCAUGGUCGAGAUCGGAACUGGUUAUUUUGUCGAAAAAACCAGAGACGGCGGCAAAGAAUUUUGUGAAAGAAAAAUGAAGAUGCUGAGGGAGAAUAUGGACAAAGUCUCAAAUUAUAUUAAUCAAAGGAGAAAGACUUUGGAUUUAGUCGUUCAGACAUUGCAAAAGAAAAUAAAAGAGCAGCAAGCAGGCACGAAUUAA